CCUCCACCUACUGACAACAACCCCACACCAUCUAUACCUACCAUUCCUAUAUCCAUCAUUCCUCCUCCUGCUUCUUCAUCCUCUCCAUCUCAAAUUCCUACCCAGCACAUGAUCAUUUGCAUACAGGUUUUGAUUCAACUGUUCUUAAUUCUCCUACUUUACCAACAUCCCCUGGGUUCAUUUCUUUUGAAACCAUGGAUGAUCAUGAUGCUGAGAUUAUUAAUGAAGAAGAAGCAGAAGGAGAAGGGGGGACAACACCAACAAAUCACUCACCUUCUCCUCCUCCUUUUAGGAAGACUACCAGAAUAAGUAAACCACCUCGCUGGCAUGGGGAUUACUAUGUUGGAAGUUCACAGACCAAGUAUCCAAUAUCUUCUUUCAUGGAUAACUCUCAGUUGAGCCAACAGUACAAGCAUUAUUCCCUGGCAGUAACUAAUUUGCAGGAACCACGAAACUUUGAUGAAGCCAUGUUAGAAGAAUGUUGGAGAGAAGCAGUUAAAGAAGAAUUAAGAGCUUUGAUAGCUAACCACACAUGGGACAUAGUGGAUUGUCCUAUGGGAAAGAAGCUGAUUGGGAACAAGUGGAUCUUCAAAAUUAAACUCUUAGCAAAUGGAUCAAUAGAAAGAUUCAAGGCAAGACUGAAGCCUUAGUAAGUUUUGGUUUUAUACAAUCCUACUCUGAUUACUCAUUGUUCACAAAGAAGAAUGAAAAAGGAAUUGCAGUGAUCUUGGUAUACGUAGAUGAUCUGAUUUUCUCAGGAGACAAUGAGGAAGUAAUUCAGGAGGCCAAGGCUUUCUUAUCAAAGCAAUUAUGUAACAUCCCGUUCCGGCAAAAUCCAUAUUUCGAUCGCUAGAAAGUUCGCGAUUUAAAAUAGAGCGUUUUGAUAGUAUUUCGACAAAAUUCGGAUUAUCGAUCGAUCGGAUAAGUAUACGUAUUAAUUAUAUAUAUAUACUGUCCAUUUAAUUCCCCACCACAGGUCCAUUUACUUUCCCCAUCGUCAUCUUUUUUCAUUUUCACUACCGAAAGCAGAGCAGAGCGCGGAGAGUUCAGGGGAGCGACUGGAGAAAAAUUCCAAAGCUCAAUUCUUGAGUUCUAGUAGUCCAAAAAUCCCGUAAGUAAUGCCUAAUUUAUCUAUACAUCGCGAUUUAUCGAUUUAGAGCUUUAAAAUGAGUUUUUGGUUCAGGAUUUUCUUGAAUUCCCGAUAAGCCAAAUUAGGUUUUUGGAGUAUCCGGAAGCCGGAUUGAGCCCAAAUUUCAUAUACGAGCUUCCUGCAGCGAGGUAAUCAAUCCUCUAGUUCUAAUCCCUGAAUUUUGGAAAUUAUUUAGGUCGGGGUCCAAAUCGCUGAAUUUAGCUCCGGCCAGGGUUUGAUGUGUUUUUAUCAAGAAUUUGACAUGGAGCCUAGAACUAAUAUUGACGGGGAUACUGCAGGGGAUAUUAGGACGGUCUCGGAUUUUAAUUCAGGGUUCGUUCGUGAAAUUGACGUUUUAGUAUGGGAAGGUUAAACCGGUGUUUGAACGACCAGAACUGGUGAGGGAUUAGCACGGCAUACCGGGUUUGUCGUAUCACGAUAAUUAUAUUGAUGCUUAGAAUUGAGCUAGGUGAACUAGAAUGACAUGAUUAAGGGUGUAUGAACUUUUGUGCUAUAUGAUGAACCAUGGACUACUGUAUGAUAUUAUUGACUUGCCCUAAUCGUGAUGGACCUUGUUUAUGCUGAUGAUUUCGUAUAUGUUGCAAAUUGUGGGCUUGACUGGUGAUAUGCCUUAUGAUGGUUCGAAAAGGUGAUUGGGUAUAAUUUUUCAUGAUUUUUGUAUUUGGAUGCACAUGUGGGAAAAAUAUAUAUUCCCUGGUGAUAUUAUGACGUUUAAGGAGGAUGACUUGCACGAGGGUUUAUCCCGAGGAAGUGUAAUUAUACGACUCCUGAUUUACCUAUGUUGGGUCAAUUGUGGCCAGGUCAAGUACAUGUGCAAGGAGCGAAUUAUGAUUAAGCAAGAUGAGAUAUGGAUCAUGGAUAAGGAUAACAAGUAAGAGUACUUUGGUCUCAUGGUCAAUUACAUAGUAAUUAGGGCUCCCCAUGCUAUUACUCCGUUAUGAUAUGUUAUGUCACACCCCUGAUGUGGUGUUGACCGUUGAUUCAUCAUGAGAUAUGACCACACCCAGAGUGGUGUCAAGUCCGAUAUGACUACACCGACAGUGGUGGGUCCGAUAUGACCACAUCCACGAGAUGUUUGGUCUGUAUUCCCAGGAGAGUAAUUAGCAUGGGAGUAGCCAGGCGCCUAUGAUUAAAACAUGAUAAGAUGCAUAUGCAUAAGUCAAGGUGGUUGAGUCUUUUGCAUAUUGGGAUAUGAGGAUGGCUGAGGUCCGAUCCUAGUGUUUUGGCUUGAUUGUUAGAUGUAUGAUAGGGGUAUGCUCUGUUAUGAACUCACAAUGCUAUGAUUAUCUCACUCAGCUAUGAGCUGACCCUCUUUUAUUCUUCUUCUCUGCUUAUGCUAUGUGUAAGCAGAUCAGCAGCAGCAGUAGAUAAGUGUUAGGUGGGAGAGGAGCUAGAGUUGAAGCCAGGAUGAGGUAUGGUCUUCAACUAUUCUGUGCUUGGACGACUACUCGGGAUUUUGGCCAGUGAUCCACACCUUUUUGUAAAAAUGUUUUGAGAACGUUUUUCAUGUGCAUACUAGCUUCUGAUGUAGUGUGAGAUAUCCACAGGUGUGGAAAGUUGAUGAUAUGUGUAUAUGUUGUGUAACUAUGUAAGUUGUGACGAUUAUGGUAUGUAUAAGUAUGGUAUGCAGUUGUGGAGUAUGAAAAGUGUGACUAUGGCUAAGAAAAGCCAAUGCAUAUGAUUGUGAGUAUAUAUGUUUGUUAUGAAUUAUUUUGCAGGGUAAGUUGCAAGAACUGUUACCCCAUUACGCGAGUAAUUCAUGCCGAAAUUUUAUUUGGGUAAAUUUUGAUAAUUAAUGUAACAUCCGAGAUUAAUUCCGCUGCAUUUGUAUGAACAAUAUGAUUAGGCAAAACGUAUAGGGUAGGGUGUUACAAAUUUAAAGUGAGAGAUUUGGGAAAGUUGAAAUACUUCCUUGGACUUGAAGUGGCUAGAAGCAGUAGUGGGAUUUCCAUUACUCAAAAGAAAUAUUGCUUAGACCUGUUGAAGGAUACAUACUUUCUCAAUGCAAAACCAUGCAAGACUCCAUCAGACAUGAAGACCAGAUUAACUCAAUAUGAUGAUGAACCACAUGUAGACCCACGAGAAUACAAAUCAUUGAUUGGAAGAUUGGGGUAUCUCACAACAACUAGACUGACAUACCUUUUGCUGUUCAGCAACUAUGUCAGUUUCAAGUACAACCAAAGACCUCUCACAUGAAAGCAGCCCACAGAAUAUUACGCUACCUUAAAGGUUCCCCAGGUCAGGGAUUGUUCUUUGCAUCAAAUUCAGAAUUCACACUAACAUGCUACAGUGAUUCAGACUGGGGGCAUGCCCUGACACAAGAAGAUCGAUAACUGGGUACUGUACGUUUCAGGGAAGCUCACUGAUUACUUGGAAGGCAAAGAAACAAGCAAUCGUCUCGAAAUCCUCCUCAGAGGCAGAGUACAGGGCAUUGUCGCAGAUGUCAUGUGAAAUUCAAUGGAUCACACAAGUUUUGAAGGAUCUCAAAAUUGAACACAAACAACCAGCAAUGGCAUACUGCGACAACAAUUCAGCAAUCCAUAUGGCGGAGAACCCGGUGUUCCACGAAAGGACGAAGCAUAUAGAAAUUGAUUGCCAUAUAAUAAGAGAAAGGGUUAAAU